AGCACCGUCGGACAAUUUGUAAUUUGGGACCACGAUUUGCCGAGAAUAUGGCGGAACCGAGUCUUUCUAUUGUGUCCUGCAGAUACUCUAAACGGUGCUGACGAACUAUCAAUUAUAAAGUUAUCUAUUACGAAUAUACAAAGCCGCAUCUACAUCUACCCCGCCUCAGCUCAUGCAAUCUACACAGAAGCCUAUGCGGGUGAUGUCUAACCUACAGUUUCUGACGUGACAUCUCGGCCGAACAAUGCAUUGUUGCAUGUCAGAUACUGAUGGCGGUGGAUGAUAUAUACGGGACAAUACCUUUGGACUCAAUGAGUAUUAAGGCUCUUAUGUGUUUACUUACUCUCUGAACUCCAAACUGGUAUUUCCAAUAAUGCCAGCCUUACUCAAGUGAGAUACCUCAAGCCCUGUUAGGAAACAUAACAAAAUGGCCAGCCCCGUCGCCAAACCCGAUCUCCUGGAGCUCGGCAACCGCCUCCUCAAAGAAGGCCCCGUGAAAACGCUCCCCACGCCCCGCCGCAUCCGGAUCCUCUUCAACGGCGUCUACGUCGCCGACACCACCACCGCGCUCUACCUCUGGGAACAUCCUCACUACCCCUACUACUACAUCCCGCUGCGCUCUUUCCUCUCCACCUACCUAAUCAAUCCCGAUGAUUCUCACGUCUCAACCGUUGGCGAAGACUGCAAUGACUCCUCAGCCGGCGUAUCGGCGCCCGUGUCGGUAGUGAAGCUCAAUGUGGGCCGGCGGUCAACGGACCGCAUCUUGCUGUUUGGGGAUAGGAAGCACUUGCCGGAGGGAAGGGAGGAAUUGGCCAAUAUGGUGCGAGUCGAGUUCUCAGUGGCGGACGCGUGGUUCGAGGAGGAUAUGAGGAUUUAUGUACAUCCCAAGGACCCGUUCAAGCGGGUUGACAUUGUGCCCUCGACGCGGCUGGUUCGUGUCUUCAUCGACGGGACGCUGGUGGCGUCCACGACCACCUCGCACCAUCUGUAUGAGACGAGUUUACCGGUGCGGUAUUAUGUCCCCUUGACUUCGGUCAAGAAUCUGGCAUGGUUGAGGGAGAGCGACACGAGGACCGAGUGUCCGUAUAAGGGGGAGGCGAGAUACUAUGAUGUUGUUUUACCGCGGGGGAUCGGGGAAGGGGAGAGGCAGGCGGAGAUGGUGGUUAAGGACGUGGUUUGGUAUUACAGGGCACCGACGCUGGAGAGCGCCACGGUGGCGGGACUCCUGUGUUUUUACAAUGAGCAGGUGGAUAUUGAGCUCGAUGGGGUGAGGUUGGCGAGGCCUGUUACGCACUUUAAGUGACGGUUUGCUUGCGGAUUACGAUGGUAUUAUGGUGGUGUAAUGCGAAAGUAUCGAGUUACAACUGCCGUUCUUGCCUAUUCACAGAACGCAAGAUACAUACUUGGACACACUCCCGUUCGAGCCAUUGGGUUGCCCUCGAACGUUCCAUCCAAGACAGGCUAUGUGUUUUUGCGACUACUAGGCAGACCAAGAUGAAAAUACGGAUGCAUAUUGUACGCAUUAAUGAGGCAGAAAUUGUUAAUGACAGUUGUAGGGAAGCAUAUGCCAGCCAUAGUGAGAGGGAGAUGUGAGCGUUACCACAUCAAUGCGAGUACGGACUUCCGAU